GGGCAUUUGAAAUAUUAUUAAGAUGGUAACAUACAGACAGCUCUGGCCUAUAACAGGUACAACUCUCUUCCUUAACUUCGUACUAAUGAUCUGCCUCAUGGCAAUAACUCUGAAGUACUGGAAGCGAGGAAUCAAAGAGUUCUACUUCUGAGCUAUUGUACUGUUCCUCAUGCUGGCGUAUAUCACCAGAGUUGUAGAGCUCUCUUUUAAUUAUUUUCAUGAAAGUGAUAAAGAAUUUAAUAUCCUAACUGAUGAUAAGGUUGACCUCUUUCAACAAUACAUUGUGAGGCUCCCAAUCUUCCUUCACGGGAUAUCUAUGCUUAGUUAUCUGUUCAGAUGGAUAAGUUUCUGUAUCAUAGCCAAGGCUAAAUCUUGUAGCCGAAGCACCCUUAUGAGUGGAAGGCCAGAGAAAGGACAAAGUAGCUUGUUGAAACUCAAGGUGAUCUACAUCACUCUUAUUGGUCUCCUCUUCGCUGGAUUGUUUGCAAUUCCUGCUAUUAACAAAGGAAUGAGAAAAUAUGUUCGAAUUGAAGUUAUUGCAAUUGAUGUAUUGACAGGAUUAAUGUUACUAGUUGUUUGAAACUAUUUCUUAUACCUUCUAAAGAAGGAACUAGAGGUUCUAUAUGAAAAGAAAGCAACCACAAUAAGGAUACUAAUCUGGGUCAUCUCAGCAUCGAUAUUUUUCAGAAGUGCCAGUUGAAUUCUUGACACUAUUCGCCAAUUUUCUUCAGAAAAAUAUUCUAAUUCUACUUUUAACAAAAUCAAUGGAGUCGGGCUCUUGGCUUGCUACUAUGUUGAAACUUUCCCUUCCAUUGGAGUGCUGCUUGUUCUCACUCUCUCUUACAAACAAGCCAAAGCAAUGAUGCCUCAAGGAUACAACAGAUGAUCAAACCUUGGUCGCAUAGACACUCCCUUGCUCAUCGGAUCUGAUAAGCCCUCUAAAUAUUACCUGCUUGACUCUGAGCAAGACAUGCAGUCAUCCAAUCACCAACUACUAAACAGCCAGACUUCAUCAGAGAACCCUAACUCUCCUGAUUCAAAGAUCCAAGAUCCUUCUGCUAGUAAAAACCUGACUUCGAUGCCAUCAGACUUCUACAUAAAAUAA